UCAAAUCGAUUCAAAUUCUCUGUUUGUUCAUUCUUCAAUUUUGUCUCUUCGUUCUAACAAAUCAAACUUGAUUCAAAUUCUCUUCGUUCGUUCUUCCGCUUUUAUUCUCUCAAUUUUCAGGAAUCAAACCUAGGCGAAGUGAUGAAUCCCGAGAAAUUUACGCAGAAGACUAAUGAGGCUCUCGUGAGUGCUCACGAGAUGGCGGCGAGCAGUGGCCACGCGCAGUUCACUCCUCUCCAUCUGGCGUCCUCUCUACUCUCCGACAAGGGGGGAAUCUUCUCCCAGGCGCUAUCCAACGCGGCGGGAGAGGAAUCAGCGCGGGCGGCGGAGAGAGUGUUCAGCCAAGCGCUGAAGAAGUUGUCCUCGCAAUCUCCUCCUCCGGAAGAUUCUCAGAUCAUAGAGUUGCUCAGGAAAGCCGGUGUUGCGGCACCGAAGGUGAAAUCAGAAGUCGAGAAGCUUCGCGGCAAGGAGGGAAGGAAAGUGGAAAGCGCCACGGGUAACACAACCUUUCAGGCUUUGAAUACCUAUGGAAGAGACCUUGUGGAACAAGCAGGGAAGCUCAACCCGGUUAUUGGAAGGGAUGAGGAAAUACGAAGGGUUAUGAGAAUUUUAUCUAGAAGUACCAAAAACAACCCGGUUUUGAUUGGUGAACCGGGUGUGGGAAAAACUGCUGUGGUUGAAGGGUUGGCUCAGAGGAUCGUUAAAGAGAAUGUUCUUAGGAAUCGUGCUGAUGUUAGGCUCAUUGCAUUGGACAUGGGUGCGUUGGUUGCGGGCGCAAAGUAUAUAGGGGAGUUUGAGGAGCGGUUGAAGGCAGUUUUGAAGGAGGUGGAAGAGGCUGAGGGGAAAGUUAUUCUAUUCAUUGAUGAGAUUCAUUUGGUUCUUGGUGCUGGAAAAGCUGAGGGUUCCAUGGAUGCUGCUAAUUUGUUUAAGCCUAUGCUUGCGCGGGGUCAGUUGAGGUGCAUUGGCGCCACCACGCUUGAGGAGUAUAGGAAGUAUGUAGAGAAGGAUGCAGCCUUUGAAAGAAGGUUUCAGCAUGUGUACGUGGCAGAACCAAGUGUUGUUGAUACUGUAAGUAUACUUCGUGGUUUGAAAGAAAGAUACGAAGGUCACCAUGGUGUAAGGAUUCUUGAUCAUGCUUUGGUUGUUGCGGUUCAAUUGUCUAGUCGCUACAUCACUGGUCGUCAUCUUCCUGACAAGGCAAUUGAUUUAGUUGAUGAGGCCUGUGCGAAUUUGAGAGUCCUACUUGAUAGUCAGCCAGAGGAAAUUGGCAACCUUGAAAGGAAGAGAAUGCAAUUAGAAGUGGAACUUCGUGCUCUGGAGAAAGAGAAAGACAAAGCCAGCAAAGCUCGUUUAGGAGAAGUAAGUGUUGAUGAGCUGCAACCUUUGAUGAUGAAGUACAAAAAGGAGAAGGAGAGGAUAGAUGAGAUUCGAAGACUAAAGCAAAAAAGAGAAGAGCUGAACUUUGCUCCUCUAGAGGCUGAAAGGCGAUAUGAUCUUGCUAGAGCUGCAAAUUUGCGGCAUGGCGCAAUUCAGGAGGUGGAAUCUGCAAUUCAAGAGCUUGAAGGGAACACUGAGGAAAAUGUAAUGUUGACAGAAACUGUUGGACCUGAACACAUUGCUGAGGUUGUUAGCCACUGGACUGGCAUACCAGUGACAAGACUCGGGCAAAACGAUAAAGAAAGGUUGAUUGGUCUUGCUGACAGAUUACAGCAGAGAGUUGUAGGGCAAGAACAAGCCGUUAAUUCUGUAGCAGAUGCUGUGCUGAGAUCAAGAGCCAGGCUUGGGAGACCUCAACAACCAAUGUGCUCCUUCAUGUUCUUAGGUCCAACUGGUGUUGGAAAGACCGAGCUUGCAAAGGCCCUCGCUGAGCAACUUUUUGAUAAUGAAAAUCAGUUGGUUAGAAUUGACAUGUCUGAAUAUAUGGAGCAACAUUUUAUUUCAAGCUUGAUUGGUGCAUCACCUGGGUAUGUUGGACACAAAGAAGGUGGUCAGCUAACUGAAGCAGUAAGUGUGAUACUGUUUGAUGAAGUAGAAAAGGCACACAUAUCUGUGUUUAACACUCUUCUUCAAGUCUUGGAUGAUGGAAGGUUAACUGAUGGCCAAGGCCGCACUGUGGACUUUAGAAACACAGUCAUUAUCAUAACCUCUAAUAUUGGGGCAGAGCACCUCAUUACUGGACUUUCAGGAAAAUAUUCCAUGCAAGCAGCUCGUGAUAAAGUAAUGCAGGAGGUAAGAAAAAAUUUUAGGCCAGAACUGUUGAAACGGCUUGAUGAAAUUGUUGUAUUUGAUCCUCUUUUCCAAGAGCAAGUAAGGAAGGUUGCAAGGUUACACAUGAAGGAGGUUGCUUCUCGUCUUGCUGAGAGGGGAAUUGCAAUGACAGUGACUGAUGCAGUUCUUGACUAUAUCCUUAGUGAGAGCUGUGAUCCGGUUUAUGGUGCUAGACCAAUUAAGAGGAGGCUUGAGAGAAAGGUUCUGACGGAGCUCUCUAGAAUGCUUGUGAAGGAAGAAAUUGUUGAGAACUCAACCGUUUACAUUGAUGUUGAUCCUGCGGGCAGCGAGCUAAUCUACCGGGUGGAAAAGAACGGAGGGUUGGCUAAUAACUCUGUAUGACCAAGAGAGGUUCAAGUUGAUGCUUUUGGUUCUUUUGAACAAUUUCUUUUCAUACUAAGUUGAUGAUUUUCUUUUUUUAAGCAACUUUUUUUCUGCAUGAGAGUUGUUGAAGGAUGAAUAUCCCUAUUGUUGAAUUUUGUUUCAGGACAUAAGCUAAAUAUAAAUUGAAUGUUAUUUUCCUAA